GCUGUCAAGGCACCGGCAUGUGAGUCGGUGAGUGGCGGUGUUAGCUGAGCCCCGCGCCCCCACGAAGUCCGCUCCAGCAAGUGCAGCUCAGCUUGGCGUGCGCGGCCUCAGUGCGGCAGUGGCAGCUCGCCAGUAGCCACGGCCGGCGCGGAAAGAUGGCGGACUCCACGGCCAUGACCAUCGACUUCCUCCGCGCGCGGCUGCUCUCCGAGCGGUCCGUCUCGCGGGCCGCCAAGGAGCGCGCGGACGAGCUCGCCAAGAGGGUCGCGGAGCUGGAGGAGCAUGUCCGGGCGGUGACGGGGCAGAGGCGACAGGCGGAGCGGGCGGCCGCGGAGGUGCUGGCCAUCCUGGAGUCCCAGGGCUUCGGCGGUCACCUCUCGGACGCGACCGAUGACUCGGGCUCCAACCAGGACGGCGAGGAGGAGGAGGACGCGAAGAGCCGCGGCGAAUCGGCACGCGCCCUCGGGGAGGAGGAGCCAUCGGCGGCGCAGGGCGAGGUGGAGGACGCGCUGUCCGGGACGGCCCAGCUCGGCGGGCUGUCGUGGAAAGGCCGCAGCGUAAGCCCGCGCAAAGUCAGGCAGCUCAAGCAGAAGCACAGGAGGAGCUACUUCUACCUGCUGUCCCCCGAUUCCUCGCCCAAUUACCGCAUGGGGCAGUCGUGCCGCAAGAACAAGCGGCGGAUGGAGCUGAGGUUGGCGUCACCGGAAGAGGACGGCGGCAACGUCAUGGCCGCGGAGAGUCUGAAGGGUAGGCAAGAUGGAUCGGACUGUACGGAUGACGGCCAGGCUGACAUGGACGGCGAGGCGGGUGGAGAUGAAUGGAGUUCAGGGGAUGGCGGUGGUGGCCAGUACGUGAUCAGGUACGAGAAGGAUGGAGAUAUGGAGAGGGUGCUGGAGAGGCAAGCCGAGCUUAUAGGGCAGUACGAGGAAGAGGAGAAAUCUCAGAGGGAGUGGGAGAUGCAGUACAACGAGAACCGGAAUGCAAAUAAGGGUGAUGUCGAGGUAGAGCAUAAGCCAUUUCGAGAAGUUCAUUGUUAUGGAGAGGUGAAAUCAAGUGACAAAAAACUUCCCAACACCAGCAAUCCCUCUGCUGAAUGUCUGCCGUACGGUUCCCUUUCAGAAUCACCACAAAAUGCAUCACAAGAAAACGGUUCCCAGCGGACCAACGAGCCCGAUCACGGUCGUGCACAAACUGCUUCCAUUUCAGCACAAGGAAGCUUCAAUAACAGCACAAUAACAAGGCAAGAUGAAGUUCGGGGCGACGAAAACUCGGACGGCGAUUCAGGGUUCAACGCAAAUGCUCGGUCUCUUCAGCACUACGACGCCAUCAAAGCACCAUCAGAAGGGAGCCCCUCGAGUGACACCCUCAACAGCAAGGUGUCUGAAUGGAGCUCGUCACACUUCCAUGAUCACACAGACAACCUGACUGAUGCUCAGCCGUCUCGACCGUCAAGCAGCAAUGCUGAUUUAGAGAGUGUCUUGCAAGCGCUUCAACGUGCCAGGAUUUCCCUGAGAACGAAGCUGAGCAGGCCAGUUCCUCCCAGCCAGGUGACCCUGGCGCUCCCGGCACCGGGGGACGAGCACAAAGAACACGACGACCUGCUGGCCAACGACGACAAGAAUUCCUAUGGAGAAGAGCUUAUCAGCUCAACUCCAGCUCGUCAGGAGAUAUUGGCGCUCCCGGCACCAGAUGAUUACCAUGAAAGGGAGGAUUUACCGGUCAAUGACACCGACAUUUCCCUGGCAGGAAAGCAGAUCAAUUCAAGCCCUCCUCGUGAGGAGAUUUUGGCGCUCCCCACACCAGGAGACGAUUACCGCGGAGAGAUAGAGGAUUACGUGAAGAUCCCUGUUAGCACUCCCGGACUGUUUCGACUGCCAACAGACUCAUUUCCAGCGGAUCAGACAAUGUUCUCAAGUAAUGCAUAUGGUCCAGGGCUUAGUUUGGGAGCAGCUGCUAGUCGACAUGCUGGCUUCACGAGCAACCCUGCUGCUCAUGGCACUGCUGCUCCAGAGGUUCCAUCGGUUUCUGGAGAUGGUUCUGGGUUUUCAGCAAAGCAACGCUAUGAUCUUCACAGUUCUGCACUGCUCUCGGUGCCUACUUCUGCUAGGUGUAGCGACAUUCCAAGACCAGAUUUUACAGUUGGGAGUACUUCUUUUCCUUUCGGAAUUCCAGGACUCAAGGAAGAUCUGAGGAGAGGAAUGCCUCUUGGAGAUGCAGAUUUGUUCAUGCAGCGUGGUAUCGAUUACACCAUUUCGAAUAAGUGGAUGCUGUAAGUUGUAACUAUACCACAUGUCCUUUCUGUUGAUGUCUGCAUUUGUUAGCAUUUCGUUGCCUGUAGUUUGGUAUAGCAGUAUAGAAGUGUGUACUGCAGUGGUUAAGCAGCGAUAGCUUUUUUUUUUCUACAAGCAGCACUGUGGUGAUGGAGAUGUCUGCUCUGGUUGUGCAAAGAUACUUGAGAUCAGCGAAGAUAAUUUUGCCCCC